AUGGAAUUACAUAAAAAAACAGCCAGAUUUACUCUUUUAUUACUAAAUCAAUUUGUAUUAGGUUUAACUGCAUCAAUAAGUAGUCUUGUUUUUAUUUUAAUGCUUGAAUUAACAAGCUAUUCAUAUCGUAGUCUUGUUGGUAAUAUAGCUUUAGCUUCUUUUGCAUUUGGUGAAACAUUAACAACAUUAUCUGCUUAUGUAAUAAAAAAUUGGCAAAAUCAUUUAUGA